GAAGAACUGUGCCUCGUUUGGGGGAGCUAACGAUCCAGGCUACAUUGCCAUGAUGACCUUGAUGACACUGUACCAUUUUAUUCCAAAUGUUCUUCGCAACUUCACUCGCGCAGUUCCGUCUAUUGCUUCCUCUGUUCCAUUUCCAUUCAAAUUUCUCUGACUUUCUGAGCCAAGGCUUUCAUCUCCAAAUACAUAAUUACUUGAAGCGGUUUGAAAUAAUUCAUUCAAUAUUUUCCUUUUUUUCAAUCUGCUAUAUCCCGCUAUCAAGCCUUGCUUAUUCGAUACAAAAACCAUGUCUCAUUCCGACUAUGCUCAAACAUCCAAAUCCCAAUCGUUCUACGAUACCAGCAUACCAACCUAUGAAGAAAACUCAGACUCAGUCUCAACCUCAGUCUCAGCGGCAGCAACAGUUCCAAGUUCAAGUCCACAUAUCAAUCUCAAUCUCAAUCUCACGGCCCAGCUCGCCGCUGUUCGAACACAGCGCAUCCGCAACCUGAUCAACGAGCACAUCACCCCUUUACUUCUCUCACAAGUCUCUUCCGGCCUGUCCAGGGUGACCUUGGUCUUGGUUCCAUCGAAUGCUGAGACUCUGCAGUCUUCCCCACUUCAGUCUUCCCCACUUCAGUCUUCCCCACUUCAGUCUUCCCGACAUCAGUCGCACCACCACCGAGAAAAGCAAGACUACUACUCGACAUCUUCUCUACGACACACCACAGCUAACGAUUAUUCCUGUGCCGGGCAACAUCAUGAGAAUAAGCAAGAUGAGAAGCCUGAAGUCAUUGGCUUCCCCGCCACAGAGACAAGUAUCCUCCGCCUCGUCUGGCUGCGCGGCGAGCAGUACCGCUCCGAAUUCUGGCAACGAGAUGUUGUUUUGCAGGAAUUGCGAGACGAGUUGGACGUGCAGAUGUGGCGGUUGUGCUGUUCUCGUUCUUUUGCUCCAUCGUUUCCAUCGAGUCCACCAUUUUCCUUAUCGCCCUCACUUCCAUCGCUUCCAUCAAGUCCACCAUCUUUCCCUGCUACUUCACUUCCAUUACCACCAUCACUCCCUUCGUCUUCAUCAUCAUCGCCUUCAUCAUGGAAUAUUUUCCGCCGCAGCAAAUCCGACUACCGCACAAUGCACCAAGACCAAAAGACAAUCACAACCAGCGCAACGCCCACGCUCAACAUCCCUCACAUCGACUCCUCGACCGCGUCAAAUAAACUGCACAUCGGCGUUGUCCUUCAAGACGUCAGUAUUCGAAUAACUACAGAGAUGGGCCUAUACGAUACGCGAUCUGGCGAGGCAGUUGUUGUUAGUAUUGACUUGGGUUAGAUUUUGCCUUGUCAUGUUUCCUCCUCUCCCUUUGACAGCGAGAUAUACGAAAAAGAAAGUAAAAACAAUAUACAAGAUUGCACACAAACACACACGAUACAUAAUCAUUAAUCUUCCGAGUACGUCAAAUGUGACAAGCGGUGGCUUUUUGCUUUUAAAAAUAUCCUUGAUUUUUAUUCUUUGAGGUGUGGUGGUGACUAUCCACCCAUCCUCAACACAUUGAACCUGAUUAAUAAAGAGCUUAUGCUAAGUGACAAGAGAAGAAAAUGAAGAGGGAAAAAAA